UUAAAAUGAUGAUCCGUGUCACUCAUAAUGAUUUGCUGGAGUGAGAUAUGUGAGACUUUACUGGAUCUGUGUCAAACAAAAUAAUUUGCUGUAGAAAGAUAUGUCAGCCUUUUAAUUAUUAAAACCAUAUGUCAGCCGUUGAUGUAACACUCGAUCCUGAGUAAUGCAUGCAUAACAAAUCAAUAAUAUUAAUUAAUAAAUGGAGUAUUUCUUCUUCCUUAAACGACAGAGCCGUGUAAUGAUGAAUUCCCAAAAGUGCAAGUGAGAUCUACAGGCAUCAAUGGAGGGGUAUGUGUGGGCAAUCGCUGCUGGACUAAACGCUGCUCUUGCAGCCAUCUCUGCCAAAUUCUUCACCUCCCAGCUUAUCAAGUAUGGUUGUGUCAUAUUAUUCAAUGUCACAAUGUGGGGAUGCUAUGUGAAUAGCCUUAAAGCUCUAUCAUCUCUACAAGCUACUGUGACAAACUUUGCAACCAACUUUUUAUCAUCUGGAUUGGCUGGAUUUUUGCUUUUCAGGGAGCCACUACCAGUCCAGUGGUUUGCAGGCGCUUCACUUAUUGUGCUUGGAGUUAUUGUUUUGAGCAAGUCGAGCAAAGAGAAGAAAACUCAUACAAGUUAGAUUAGAUAGCAGGCUUUCUGGAUUUAACUUCCGUUUCUGCAAUCAAUUUCCUGACUGUUUAGCUUUGAAGUUAUGAGCCAAAUUUCAGAUGUAGAUUUUAUUGGCCAUAUAUUGCGUUAGUGUGGCUAUGCUAAUAUUGAAGUUUUGCUGCUCCUGUAAUACUCAAUUUUUCUCCUUUAGUUAAGAGGGAUAAGAAUUUUCUACUUCUUAACCAUUGUCUCGGGUUCGAUGGAAAAAUUAUGAUAGAGAGCACUUCCCGUUUAA